AUGAUAAACGAAAAGAGAAAUGAGGUAAGGAAACGAAGGAUCAAGAAUGCUACACAGAUAGAAGAAGGUUUCCAUGCAUCCCAGGAUGGAGGCAGUAUUGGUUGCUGUGGUUACAUCUUGUACUUGGUAUCAAUCAUCUGUAUGCUAGCAACCAUUCCAUUCUCCCUCUGUCUGUGCACUAAGGUGCUAAAUCAUUAUGAGAAGGUGGUUAUAUUCCGACUUGGUCGACUGAGGUCCCGACAAGACAAGAAACCAGGCAUUUUCUUCAUCAACCCAUACUUGGACUCCUUCAUCAAGGUGGACAUGAGGACCCUGAUCUUUGAUGUGCCGCCCCAGGAGGUGUUGACACGUGACUCGGUGACAGUGGCAGUCGACGCCGUCAUCUACUACCGCAUCCAGAACGCCAUCAUGUCUGUCACCAAUGUCCGUGACGUUUACAGCUCCACCAAACUGUUAGCAGCAUACACACUCAGGAAUGUCCUGGGAACCAAAGAUCUCAGCCAGCUUUUGUCAGAGAGGGAAGCUAUCAGCCAUCUCAUGCAGAGUUUACUAGCGGAAGCGACUGCUCUGUGGGGAGUCCAGGUGGAGAGGGUGGAAGUCAAGGAUGUGAGACUGCCUUGUCAGCUUCAGAGAGCCAUGGCUGCUGAGGCUGAAGCAACACGAGAGGCUCGGGCCAAGAUUAUUGCUGCUGAAGGAGAACACAAUGCAUCCCGAGCCCUGAAGGAGGCUGCAGAUAUCAUCGCGAAAUCUCCAGCUGCUCUGCAGUUGCGUUACUUGCAGUCUCUGAGCAGUGUCGCAGCUGAAAAGAAUUCGACCAUCAUUUUCCCUCUGCCGAUGAACAUAUUGGAUGGACGUCUAUGAAAAUGAAGUCUGGCAGUCUCGUGUGUGGUUGAGAACGCUAUAGUACAAAUGGAAUAUUUCUGAGCGCAUCUUUAAUAAACAUACAAUGAAGCUUGGUAGAACUAGCUUGUCAUGAAAGUCAUUAGGGCAUGACAAGUCUUCAGCUACAGUGUUUGUGUUAUACGCCUAACUGUCAUGAAAGUCAUUAGGGCAUGAAAAGUCUUCAGCUACAGUGUUUGUGUUAUACGCCUAACUGUCAUGAAAGUCAUUAGGGCAUGAAAAGUCUUCAGCUACAGUGUUUGUGUUAUACGCCUAACUGUCAUGAAAGUCAUUAGGGCAUGAAAAGUCUUCAGCUACAGUGUUUGUGUUAUACGCCUAAAAUUAGUUAAGGAACACUCAAACAUGGCAUCGGUGUCAAAAACAAAACCAAAAUUAAUAAAAUUGAUAAUUUAAUUUUUAAGGCGGAAUAGACACAGGUU